AUGAGUACAGACAACCAGCUACUGACGAGAUUCCUCGAACAUCAUCCAGAAGUUGACUACUUCUACCUCAUCUGGAUCGACACUGUUGGCGUGUCUCGAGCCCGGGUUCUAACAAAAAAUCAUCUUGUAAACUUGACACAAUCAAAGCAGAAAAUAGCUACCAUUAGGUCGAUCUUCUCACGUCUACAAGAUGACACUCCCAAUGGAACAAGAGUCAAUACCUCUGCCGGUAGCGUAAACAUUGUACCGGAUCUCGGUACCUUACGUCUGGCAGGGUAUAGUCCUCGAAGCGCUACUGUGCUGUGUCGGUUUUGUAACUCUGACGAAUCGUCUUUCGAUCUUGAUGCUAGAAGCGUCUGCCAAAAGGCCAUAGAGAGUCUCAAUGUUGCUGGCACGGACUUACGAUGCGGAUUUGAGCUUGAAUUCACGUUGCUCGGUGCACAGUCAGGCAGGACGAAAGACGUUUCGCCGUUUGAUCGUCAGUGGUCAUCAGCACGAGCUUUAACUCAGCCUGCCGUCAAAUUUUUAAAGGACGUUGUUCAAGCACUGGAUCAUUCAGGUAUUCAGGUUCUUCAGUUUCAUGCCGAGUACGGCCCGGGACAAUACGAAGUCAGCACAGCGCCGCUUCCGGCAUUGGAUGCCCUCGACUCAUACGUUGUUUCAAAAGAAACUGUAUACUCCAUUGCCGAGCAGCAUAACCUCCGUGCUUCAUUCCACCCAAAGCCUAUUGCGGAUGCACCAGGUAGUGGUGCUCAUGUGCAUUUUUCUAUUUCCGAGAAACUGAAAGAAGAAGCUGCUAUUGCCGGCAUUUUGUUCCAUCUAUCUUCAAUCUGUGCUUUCUCACUGCCUACCGAAGUGAGUUAUGCUAGAGUGGAGGACUCCGGGUGGGCGGGCGGUCGCUGGAAAGCAUGGGGAAGCGAAAACCGAGAGGUACCGCUUCGCAAGAUCGCACCAGGUCAUUGGGAGUUUAGAGUUAUUGACGGUACAGCGAAUAUGUAUCUCGUCCUAGGGGCAAUCGCCCUCGCAGCUGAAGAUGGCAUUUCGAAAAAUAUGUCGUUGAGUUUGAGAGAUUGUAGUUACGAUCCUGCUCUUCUCACCAACGACCAACGUCGUGAACUUGGUAUCACGGAACGAUUACCUCAAAGCCUCAGUGAAUCCUUGCGAUCGCUCGAGCUAGACACUGAGCUGCGACAAGGGCUGUUCAAACCAAUUGUAGAUAACUUUCUGAGCUCAAAACGGGCAGAAAUGGACCUGCUUAAGAAACAAGGAAUUUCGUGGUAUCUGCAGUGGUACUGA